AUGCGGUGGCUAUCCCAAUUCUGGCUGCUCACCCUCAAGAAUUUGAUCCUCAUCUGGCGGAACAAGGUAUGGACACUGCUGGAGAUUGUGGUGCCGUUGCUCAUCGGGGUGCCGAUGCUCAUCAAGGGGGGCAAAUGGAUGGGAAAUUCGCCCCGGGCUCAUGGACGUGUUGGGGGCCUCCCGUUGGCCAUGGACAGUACGCCGCACGACUACGUCUAUACCGUCACCAACCCGAAACAGCAGCCGAACGCUGCGUUACUGUUGAAAAAAUACCAGCAAUUCGUGAACGCCCUGGAGCCACCGGGAAAACCGUUAAACCUGACGUUGUUCAAAAAUCGAGCCGCCAUGCAGAAGUUUCUGCAGAAUCAAACUGACGUCGAGAAGGGCCCGGGUCACUCCGGGACUCUGGGGGCCUUUGGCAUCGAGAUUUUGCACAUCAACGUGAAGUCGGCAGUGUUCGACUACCGCAUCUGGGUGCCCGGCGAGGCGAAGAAGUGGAAGUUUGGCGAAAACUGGGCCCUCACCAACAGCAGGACCGAUUUGUUUGGCGGCACCCCGGUCGACCAGCCGUCGAUGUACGCCGUGAACCGGGUGCUGAAGAUGCAGUCGAUUCUCGACGACGCCUUUAUCCAGAUGACCAAACUGGUGAAGACUGAUAGAACCCGAGACGAGAUCGUGUAUCAUUCUUUCGCCACCCCGGCUCCGCCGCUAAAAUGGUUUCAACCGCUGGUGUCUGGCAUUCCGGGCCUGAUCGCCGUGCUUCUCUUCCCCGGCAUCAUCCACCUCGCCAAGGACAUCUCGUUCGAGGUCGAGAUCGGGCUCAGGGAAUACAUGCAAGUGAUGGGACUGUCCCCGUUGCUCUUCUACCUCAGCCACGGCUUCAUCGGAUGGCUCAAGUCGAUGCUCCUAUUGCCGUUCUUUGCCUUCCCGCUCUUCCGAUACUUUGACAUGUUGCCAUUGCUAUUCCCAGCACUCGUCGUUUUCCUCUAUUCACUCUCCGUCACCUCGUUCGCCAUCUUCUGCUCAUCCACCCUGAAGACGUCGUCGAGUGUUUUCAAAUUGGCGAUGAUUCUGUGGGUGAUGAUGGCGCUGCAGCCGAUCGUCUCCGGCCCGAAGCUCGAAGAGAUCAUGUGGUGCUUCAUCCUGUCCCUCAACCCCAACCAGGCCUUCGUACUGGCGGUUGACAUUUGGUUGAGCUACGACGAGCGCAACAACCGGAUGAGCUUGACGGACGCAGCCACCGGCUGGACCGAACACUUCAACCUGGCGUCCGUCUACAUAAUGCUGAUCGUUGGCGCCUUGAACGUGGCUGUCAUUUCCCCUUUAAACCGCCAGGUCGACACGCUGUGGAUGUUCCUGGGCGCGCUGCUGAUGGAUCGGCUGCGCUCGGAGGAGACCAACUUUUUGCGCGACGCGAUUGCGCGAAUGUCGUCACCGACGACGGAGCGGCCAAUCAAGGGUGAUGCGGGAGGCGACCAGCUUGUCGACGAGGUCGACGAGGCGAGGAACGUUGCUCACGGCGACAUUGAGGUGAAGGAUGUGACGAAGAAGUACGGCCUUGGUGGCGGCUGGGCGUUGAAGGGAGUCAAUCUGAAGGCGAUUCAGGGCCAAAUUACGGUGCUGCUUGGGCACAACGGCGCCGGCAAGAGCACGACGUUCUCGAUUCUGUGCGGGAUGGCUAGCGCGACGUCGGGCACAGUGAAAGUCAACUCGAAACCCGUCGGCCUAUGCCCCCAAAAGAACCCACUCUUCCCGAAGUUGACCGUCGCGGAACACCUCUGGUUCUUCCACCACCUCAAGGGCGGCCAGGACGACCACAAGUUAGCGGGCGCCGCGCUGAUGCACGACUUGAAGUUUGCCGACAAGAAGAACGAGCUGGCCAAGAACCUCUCCGGCGGCACAAAACGGAAGCUCCUCGUCGCAAUGGCAAUCAUCGGGCGUUCGAAGGUGGUGCUCCUCGAUGAGCCGACGGCUGCGGCAAUCCACAGAACCGUCCUCCUCACCACCCACUACAUGGACGAGGCGGAGAAGCUCGGCGAUUGGGUGACGAUCCUGCAGGGCGGUCGCGACGUCAUCAACGGGUCACCAGGAUACUUGAAGCGGAAGUACGGCAGUGGCUACAUUCUGACGCUCGUCGGAGCUUCGAUGAUCGCUGAGGGACAGCAGGAUCUGGUCACACCAGUCUCACCGGAAGCGAUGCAAGGUCUGGGCGAGGCCGCUCAAAAAACGGUUGCCGAGGUGCUUGCUGGUGACGCCGGAAGCUUCCCACUCGGUCCCCCGCAUGGUCGCCAAAUCGAGAUGACGAUCCCGAUGAGCAACAAGGACAACUUCCCGAAGAUGUGCCAAGCCCUCGAGAAGCUCAAGGAGGAUGGGAAAGCCGUGACGGGCAGCGUGGUGCUCGUCGACUUUGGGAUGUCGUUGAAUACGCUGGAGCAGGUGUUCCUGAAAGUCGGCGAGAUCGGCGAGGGGAAGAAGGAGGAGGCGGACAGAGGGACAGCGACGGCGUGGGCAAGCGCUGCCCGGCUUGACGUCUUGCCAAUGCUGCUCGCACACUUCUUGGCGAUGCUGAAAAAGCGGGUCCUUUACAACCUGAAGAACAUCCCACAAUUUGUCGUGCAGAUCGUCAUCCCGAUUGUCCUCUUCCUCUGCAUCAACUACGUCUGUAACCGCGUGACAACGGAGGUGGACAGCAUCGUCGUCGGCCCAUCCACCAUCCAGCCGGGGCGCUGCGUGCUGCAAGUGUUCAGCGGCUCGCAAACCUCGGCCCAGCGCCUUCGCAAGUUGUUGAGCAACGGUUGUGGCCUGUUGGAGCUGUCCGCGAGGAAGAACUUCGCCAUAGAAGUGGUUCAGGCCACCCAGGAUCUGCCUCGCCUCGCCGUCGGCAUCCAGCUGCACGACAAGGUGCAGUCGAACGUCCACAUCCAGGCCUGGUACAACCCGAACGGCUACCACACCACCCCGCUGAUGAUUAACAUCGCUGACACGUUCAGGCUGCAAGAGAGAACCGACCUCGACACGGCUCGGAUCACCACCGGCUUCCACGUGUUCCCAUUGGACGCGGAGCUCGAGGAAAUUAUGACCGGCUUCUUCAAAAAGCUACGAAAAUUUGUGCUGAUCCCGUUGCUGCUGCUCGCCUUCUCGAUCCUCACCUCCGGCUUCAUCGUGCUGCUCGUCGAGGAGCGCACCAGCAAUUUUCAGCACCAGCAACUCCUCACCAAGCUGCAUCCGGUAACCUUCUGGGGCGCGUCGAUCGUGUACGACUUGCUGCUGUGCCUGCUCGUCUGCGCCGCCGGCAUCCUCAUCCUCUACAUGGGCGACGUUUUGGGCGCCACGGCGCUGAAGCGACUGUCCGCCCUGUGGGCCCUCUACCUAUGGGCGUGCCUUCCAUUCAUCUACUGCCUCUCGUACCUGUUCUCGUCGUCGGCCAAGGCGAAUACGUUGCUGAUCAUCUGGCAGGUGUCCGACUUGCUGAAGUGGUUCGGCUGCCAAAAACAACCAGCGGUCGACCAGAUCACGUUCGCCGUCGAGCCGGGCCAAUGCUUUGGGCUGCUGGGAACCAACGGUGCCGGCAAGACGACUACCAUCGACAUUCUGACCGGGCUGAAGGCGGCCUCUGGCGGCGCAAUUCGAGUCUACGGCCACCAGGGCACGCGAAGCUCGGCGAUCGGCUAUUGUCCACAGUUUGACGCCGUACUGAUGGACUUUACCGGGCGUGAGGUGCUGAAGAUCAUGGCGACCUGCCAUGGCUACAGCGAGCCGGGCAAGGUGGCAACCCAGGUCCUCGCCGCCGUCGGCAUGUCCCACGACGGCGACAAGCGCAUCAAGUUCUGCAGCGGCGGCCAGAAGCGGAAGAUCAGCGUCGGUGUCGCCCUCCUUGCCCAGGACGCCAUCCGGAUUCUGGACGAGCCGACGGCCGGUGUCGACCCGAAAGCCCGUCGCGACAUCUGGAUGCACCUCGACCUCUCCCGUCAACCCGCAGGGCGUACCGCUCAGCUGCUGACGUCGCACUCGAUGGAGGAGUGCGAGGCGUUGUGCACCAAGAUUUCGAUCAUGAUCAAGGGAAGGAUGGUGGCCAUCGGGUCGAGUCAGCAUCUCAAGUCAAAAUACAGUGGCGGGUACACAAUGACCGUCGAGCUGAAGCCGGACGAGUCGGGCGAGCAGGACCCGGUGAAGCUGCACGAGUUGAUGACGGCCAGCGUGGAGGCCCUCACUCAGGCUAUGACCGCCUUCUUCCCCGAGAUCAAGAUCAAGGAGGCUGGUGCGUCGAGGACAUGUAUCUAUGUGGUCCCAUCUACCACCCUGUCGUGGUCAGCAGCUUGGGAGUCGAUGGGCAAGCUGUGCUCCGACCCGAAGCUGCGGAUUGCCGACUACAGCGUGACGCAAUGCGGCCUCGAAGAUACGUUCUUGAAGGUGACGGCCCAGGCGAAUAACGUGGCGGCA